AUGGUUCCGAAUUGGUCGUUCGCUUUCGUUGCAGCAUUUUUACUACUUUUAAUCGCUUGUUCAAUUCAUCGUAUCGAUGAAGGUCACGUCGGAGUUUAUUUUCGAGGUGGUGCAUUGCUAAGUAGUGUUAGCGAACCGGGUUAUCACUUAAUGUUUCCUUUUUUAACAACUUUUCGAUCAGUGCAGGUCACAUUGCAAACCGAUGAAACCAGGAAUGUCCCUUGCGGUACCAGCGGUGGUGUGAUGAUCUUUUUCGAUCGCAUCGAAAUAGUCAAUAUACUUUCCCCGUCAAGCGUUUAUAAUAUUGUAAAAAAUUAUACGGUCGAUUACGAUAAACCAUUAAUCUUCAACAAAGUUCAUCAUGAAGUGAAUCAAUUUUGUAGCAGACAUACACUUCAGGAGGUUUAUAUCGACCUUUUUGAUCAAAUCGAUGAUAACUUAAAGAGAGCAUUACAAAUGGAUUUGAAUAUCAUGGCUCCUGGUUUAGCGGUGCAAGCUGUAAGAGUUACUAAGCCAAAAAUACCUGAAUCCAUUCGUCAGAAUUAUGAGCGAAUGGAGGCUGAAAAAACCAAACUUUUAGUAGCAAUUGAGCAUCAACGUGUUGUAGAAAAAGAAGCUGAAACAGAACGCAAAAAAGCCGUAAUAGAAGCUGAAAAAGCUGCGCAGGUCGCAGCUAUCCAAUUUCAGCAGGCAAUUGAUAAAAAAGAAGCGCAAAAGAAGAUUGCUCAGUUAGAAGAUGAAAGUCACAAAGCAAGUCAGCUGGCAAAAGCUGAUGCGGAAUUUUACUCAAAAAUGAAGGAAGCCGAAGGAAACCGACUACUUCUUACCGAGGAAUAUUUGACACUAAAAAAGAUAGAAGCGGUUGCAGCAAACAAUAAAAUAUAUUAUGGAUCAAGUAUACCAAACGCUUUUCUUGAUUUAAAUAUGUGGAAAACUGAACAGAAAGAAAGUUCUUGA